AUGACGUGCUGGCAUAACAUAGGCUGGCAGCUGCUCAUGGUCACAGAAGAUAAACGAGAAGAUUCAAAGUCACAGACGUUUGAGCCCACAUUUAACAGAUACAUCCGCUCACACAGCCACGCCUCCUCCUUCAUUUCUCCACCACAGCUUAUUCUGGCUCACACUUUCACAGGUCUGGCAUUAAGUGUCACCGAAACCCUGAUUAAACCCUUGGAAAAAUUCCGAAAAGAACAACUCGGAGCGGUAAAGGAAGAGAAGAAGAAGUUUGACAAAGAGACGGAAAAGAAUUACAGUCUGAUUGAUAAACACUUGACUCUAUCUGCCAGGAAGAAAGACUCACAUUUACAAGAGGCAGAUCUCCAAGUGGAGCAGACCCGGCAGCACUUCUACGAACUCUCUCUGGAAUAUGUGUGCAAGCUACAGGAGAUUCAAGAGAGAAAGAAGUUUGAGUUUGUGGAACCUAUGCUGUCCUUUUUCCAGGGAAUGUUCACUUUCUAUCAUCAGGGUCAUGAACUUUCCAAAGACUUCAAUCACUACAAAAUGGAACUACAGAUCAACAUUCAGAAUACACGGAAUCGAUUUGAGGGAACCAGGUCAGAAGUGGAAGAACUUAUGAAUAAAAUCAGGCAAAAUCCCAAGGACCACAAGCGAGCAAGCCAGUUCACAGCGGAAGGCUACCUGUAUGUCCAGGAGAAAAGGCCGGCUCCAUUUGGGUCCAGUUGGGUCAAACACUAUUGCAUGUAUCGGAAAACAGCCAAGAAAUUCAACAUGAUCCCGUUUGAACACCGAUCUGGGGGGAAACUGGGGGAUGGAGAGGUGUUCUUUUUGAAAGAAUGCACCAAAAGAUACACCGACUCCAUCGACAGAAGGUUUUGCUUCGACAUUGAAGCUGCUGACAGGCCUGGCGUCCCCUUGACCAUGCAGGCGUUUUCAGAGGAAGAAAGGAAACAGUGGCUGGAGGCUCUGGGUGGAAAAGAAGCUCUCAUCCAUACUUGUAAUAAAACCAUCAUUCCAAGACCAGAAGGAGGUGCACAGCUGGAUACGAUGGGAUUCACGAUUCUCAGAAAGUGCAUCAGUGCUGUUGAGACACGAGGUAUAAACGACCAAGGAUUGUACAGAGUUGUGGGGGUGAGUUCAAAGGUCCAGAGACUUCUGAGUAUGUUGAUGGAUGAAAAAACAUGCAACGAGCUGGACCUGGAGAGUUCCGUAGAUUGGGAAGUGAAGACGGUAACCAGUGCCUUGAAACAGUAUCUGAGGAGUCUUCCAGAACCUCUUAUGACCUAUGAGUUACACAGAGACUUCAUUGUUCCAGCCAAAAGUGGCAGCCCAGAGGCCCGUGUUAAUGCCAUCCAUUUCUUGGUGCACAAACUGCCAGAGAAAAACAAGGAGAUGUUGGAUAUCUUGGUGAAACACCUAACCAAUGUGUCAAAUCACUCGAAGCAGAACCUAAUGACCGUGGCAAAUUUAGGAGUGGUGUUUGGCCCAACCCUGAUGAGACCUCAGGAAGAAACUGUUGCCGCCAUCAUGGACCUGAAGUUUCAGAAUAUCGUUGUAGAAAUAUUAAUUGAAAACCAUGAGAAGAUAUUUCGGACCUCGCCUGAUGCUGCCCUCUCUGAGCCCACGUGCCUGUCGGCAUCACCUCCAAAUGCUCCACCGAGACAGUCAAAGAGACAGGGGCAGAGGACCAAGAGGCCGGUGGCUGUGUAUAAUCUUUGUCUUGAGCUGGAAGACGGUGACAGUCCCAGCCCUCUCAAGGAGGACACCCCCAGCAGUCAGGAUUCUCUGUCCACUCCGUCUCCCACAGCUUCAGCUGCCCAUGGGCUCUCUGGCCCAGAGAGGAACCACCUCCCAGCAGAUGGAGGGGCCACUGGAGACUGGACAGCCGCUACGCCAAGCCAGACCCAGUCGUCUAUGGUGCAGUGGCUAAAUCUGCAGUCUCCGACCACACCAAGCUCCAAUGCAGCCGGUACACCUCCUUCAACAAGGAUGUCCCAUUUCCCCCUCUCUCCUGCUGCCUCCAUUGUAGACAAGCUGCCUGAAUGUGUGACCAAUCGCAAGGCCCGCGCAGUGUACCCAUGUGAGGCGGAACACAGCUCGGAACUGUCGUUUGAAAUCGGAGCCAUUUUUGAGGAUGUUCAGACCUCAAGGGAACCUGGCUGGCUGGAAGGGACCCUGAACGGCAAGAGAGGGCUGAUUCCACAGAAUUACGUCAAGCUGCUGUAGCUCCUGGCCUCAGGAAGGCUCCCGCUGACCCUGGCACCCGUGCACUAGCCUGGGACAGCACCCAAAUGCCACCGUCACGCUCAGGAACUGCAGAUCACCAUGGGCUCUCCAGGGCUGAGGACCCAGGACCGGGCAGACGUGAGCAGAAGGAGAGCAAGAGCAGCAUUGGUAGAGUGGAUGAAGCAGCGGGGGAGGGCCCUAUGGGUGACAUCACUGCCAGGCAUGGAAGGAUCCCACUCUCCAUGCACUCACUGUUGCGUUUCCGUGGGAACUUUGCUGCUCUCGCAUUGUGUGUGCAAGGCACGUGUGGCCUUGUGAGUGUGCGGGGGAGCCGGUCCCAUCCUGGCAGGAAGCAAAGAGAAACUUUCAAGCCCAUGUCUUCCUGUCUUCCUCUCCUGGCUCCCAAGCCCGCUCACCGGCAGCUGCACCAAGCUCAUCUGUGUGCUUACCAUGGCCUUUCCAUGUGUUCACCUGGGUGCUAUUGUCCCAUGCAACCUUGUUGCCACAAGGCCCCUCUGUAAAUGAAAUAAAAUGUUAUUUACUA